AUGCCCAGCUUCGACCUCCCUGAGCCGUCACUGGAGUACGGCGACGCCCAGGCUCGCUCUCCUCACUAUCUCGCCACUUCCGACUCAAAUCGCUCCACUACACCAACACUCUCGGAGCCUUAUCCCUGGCGGUACGAUCUGACCCCUCAGGAGCGGGACGAGCGGGAACUCCACCUGUUCGGCGCGCGGGGCCGGUCCGGACUCCGCGUUGUCAUCGUGACCGAGAACUUCCUGCCCAAGGUGGACGGCGUCACUCGGACCUUGGCGCGGCUGCUCGAGCAUCUCGAGCGGGAAGGACACCAGUGUAUGCUGCUCGGGCCGGAAACGGGGAUGGGACACUAUGCGAGUCAUCCGCUGGUGGGGACAGCGGGGGUGCCGCUGGUAGUCUACCCGGGGCUGAAGUUGAACUUUUUGCGCCCAAAGUUCAUGCGAGCAAUCAAAGACUUUCAACCGGAUGUCAUACACUUUGUCGAUCCCAUCUGGCUCGGCGCGCAGACGCUCAUGGCGAUGGAGCUCGGAUGGGCGGGCGAGGACUGGGUCAGUGAUGGGGGACCAGCUCUGGGAUCUGGGAUAAGAGGGGCAGUAGUGGCGAGCUACCACACCAAUCUCGCUACGUAUGCUACCCUCUUUGGCAUGGCCUGGCUCGAGCCGAUCAUGUGGCGCUUUCAGUCCUGGCUUUACUCCAAGACACUUCUCACUCUAUGCCCUUCCCCCUCUACACUCAGUAUGCUGGAAGGCCAGUCAUUCUCCGGCGUCCGGCUCUGGCCUCGCGGCGUCGACCUAUCGCAAUUCGGCCGCCACCGCCGCUCCUCCGCCAUGCGCGCUUCCUGGGGCGUUGGUGAUGCUCCAGUCGUAGCACCUCCCAGCAAGACGGAGCACUCCCCGAUUGGUAUGGGAACGCACUGGCAAGGUCGCAAAGCCUCGCUCCCGCUUACGCCCCCUCUCACCCCAUGGACAGGCCCGAUCGACCAGCCGCUUCCUUCACCGACCGCACCAUCUUCUCUCCCAUCUCGGGUCGUACUCCUCUACGUCGGUCGGAUCUCAUGGGAAAAGAACCUCCACCUCUUGCUCGCCGCCUACGCUAAAUUAGGGCAAAAGCUUGUCGGGUCCGGGGUGGAGAUGCCCAAGAUGGUGUUUGUGGGAGACGGGCCGGCCAAGGCGGAACUGGAGGCGAUGUGCGGGAAGAAGGGGUACGAUGCGGUCUUUAUGGGGCAUCGGUCAGGGCAGGAGCUGGCCGAGUGCUACGCUAGCGCAGAUGUGUUUGCUUUCCCGAGCUUUACAGAGACAUUCGGCCAAGUCGUCCUCGAGGCCUUGGCGUCUGGUCUACCCGUCAUCGGUCUCGACGCCGAAGGGACUCGGGAUCUCGUACAACACAGCGAGACCGGCCUCCUCCUCCCUCUACCCACUUCUGCAUCAUCCAGCUCCAACCCAAGUCGCUCGUGGCCGCUCAUCUGCCGGGACAAUACCUCGCCGGUCUUCGCCCAGUGCGCGGAAGAGUACGCGGACCUCUUGGCGCGUGCAGUGUGUGAACACGACGAGCGCCGGAGGAUGGGGGAUAAAGGGAGUACGGAGGGGAUCAGGGGAUACACGUGGUGGGAUGCGAUGGAGCGAUGCGUAGAUGGGUAUCGCGAGUCUAUGCGGAUAGCGAGACAACGCCGCCAGGUCGAGGUUAUCACGCACGACAUGGGCGCAGCUCCGUGCGAUAUCUCGGCUGUCCCGGCCAGUCCCCGGACGUCAAGGAUGAACAGGCUCGUGUCCCGCCGGCUAGCCCAUCGGGGUGGAUGGUCCAAUCCAGCGGAAGAGGGUGUACCCGUACGCAAGUCGGGAGUGGGGAUGUUUAGGCGGGUCAAGAGCGAGACGGGCGAGACGGUAUGGCAUUUGACUGACCAUGGACAGAGACGUUGCUGA